AUGGGGGAAGAUGCAGGUGGCCGUGAGUUGCAAGGCAGUGCCGGGAAACAUGAGGAAACGUGGAGAAUGACAGGAACCGGGUGGCAUCAGAGGUGCACACCGAGCUUUCUCCUCUACGGUCCAGCUCUCUGGGCUCAGCAUCGCAAGCAACAGCGUCGUCUGCAGACCCCGGCACAAGGCACUGUCAAUCAAAAAGCAUACGGGAUCACAGAAGGCCGAAAGAAUUACCAUCUGAGCAACCUCGACCGGCCGAAAGAGAAAAAUCCUACCGACUGGGAGGACCCGCGUGGGCUGGAGGUACUUGAAGUCAUGUAG